AUGGAAGCAGCAGCGAGAGUGCAGGAUUGCUCGCCUCCCAGGAAGGUUAAUGGCCAGGCCAUCGUCUUAAGAGAAUCAGAAACUGAGGGCUACGAAGUCCUGUUGCAGCUGAGAUCAAGGGCCAUGAAGGCUAUGCCAGGAUAUCUUGGAGCCCUCGGAGGCUGCAGAGACUCGACAGACAAGGACAGUCGCGAGACCGCUAAACGGGAAGUGCACGAAGAGUGUGGCUUACAACAGUCCAGCAUCCUCAUGGAGCCCACAAAGUUUGCGGAGGGAGCCAAGUGUGACUGGUUUGUCAUGAUGGUACGCAGAGAUGCGAAGUUCCAGAAAGCAAAAAGCCGUGCUGAAUGUGGAGACGUGACUACAGUACUUGCCCUUCUGCCACCUUCUGCUCAGAAGGCUGACUGCUAUGGCCAUGCAUGGGUGCCGACCGAGCACUUGUCCCAGAUCGAUGAAGAACAGCCAUUGAUGGGUGGUCUUGUGGACCGCAUCCGAAGGGCGGUUCUCAAGCUCCAGGCACCAGACCCAUCUCAUCCGGAAGAUCCGCCGGCUGACCUUCCAUGCGACGACCUCGAUGCGGUUGACGUACCGCCCGAGGCAACAGAGCCAGUGGUGGAAAUUGCAGCCGCAAGCUGA